GGAUCCAGGACCCAUUUGUGAAGCAUUUUUUCUGUUUUCCUUCUUUGUUCACUCAACAGCGAUCCUUCCGUGCGUCUGUUGAACAGAUUUCGGUGUUCACAAGAUAUCCAAACACAGAAAACGAACCAAGCUGUUCAAGGCGCAUUCGCACGUACGCAAAACACUAUUGACGCGUGCUAGAUUUCUGGCCUGCACGGCGUCGAAAAGUGAAACGUAACUUCGUUACCGUCAUCGCUUUCUGGAGCUUUUAGUUACCUCCUUUCUUCUUUACGCGUACGCGAGCCGGUCGUUACGUCGUUGACAUUUUUUGUUGUUGUUGCGGAGAUCGCAGACCGUGUAGUCGAAGUAGAGUCAAGUCUUUCUGUUUUAUCGCAUCUUUAGCAACAAUGAGUUAUGUGCCAACAGAUGGUGCUGAGGAGAAGGGCGGUGGGGACAGUGCUGAUGCGUUUCCGCUGAGCGCCACAUCGCGUAGCUCGUUUUCUCCGUCCGAGGACGAAGCGCACUCACCGCAGCUCAAUGAUGAUGCUGACGGGGGCGCCGCGAAAGACAAAGUGAUCACGUGGGAUGGGAUCCAAAAAGAGAGUACCAUACCGAAAGAAAUCGACGCGGUCGAUGAGGCGGAGUCGACGCAGACGCCGACCCCCGCGAGCCCGUUGCAGGGCUUCGUAAACUCGCUGGUGGGCAUUAUUCUAGAAGGACUCCGCGGCUUUGAUGGCAGCAUCACCUGGUUGAAGCGGUCCAGUGCCGUGACUGCCGCGCAGCUGGACGUCAUUAAAGCCGUCAAGUCACCCGAGCACGUGGAGGAGUUUAGUGUCGCGUGGUUCGGCAUUGCCAGCGCGCUGCUGCGCGAUUUCAUUCAGGAGAGCGUAGAGGGAAUGAUACUUCAGGUCACCCCAUCAUCCCCAACUACCGACGCAGAGGAGGAUGAGUGCGUGGGCGCGGGAGUGCACGCCACCCCGCGUGAAGUUGCGGUCACGUUUGUGUCUGGGCUCCAGAGCAUUGUGGCGGAGGUAAUGAACGACUGCGGGUGCCACACCACCAGCGCCGGUGGGAACCGGUCGUACUCGCGCUACUCCCUGCGCAGCUUCACGUUCGCAAAAGAGGUGAGUGAGCUCAGCAGCCGUCUCAUGCGCGACCGACUGACGCGCGGCGCCUACUUGCCGGAGGCACUCCGUGACAAGUACGCCGACGACGCAACGGUUGUCGACAGCAAGGACGAUUACUCCGCCAUUUUGGGCCCCAUCGCGGACGCGUGGAUUUGCAGCUUCUUCCCGGCGUACCAGCAACUUUCCCGCAACCCAGUCGAAACGGUGCCGUACCUGUGGACGGAGGAGGAGGAGGACAUCUCACGGCUCAACACGGACCUUUUCUUCUACUACUUCUUCUUCGCCUGUGAGCAGCAUAGCUUGAUGAAGAACAAGGAGGGAUUCACACGUGGGGUGGCGGUGCCUACGGCGUGGAUGGUGCAACUGCUGAGCUGGACCGCGAAGGCGAGGCAACAGCGCCUUCUCACCCCACCUGGGCCCCUCCCCCAAUUUCCCGGGCCUAUCGACACGUUCGAUUUAGUCUCCGUGUCUCCGCACGACCCCCGCCGCCACUGGCUGCGACUGGACACAGGCCUCUACCAGGUUAUCCCUGAGAGCUUGUUUGACUCCUUUUUCCGCUUUUUCGGGGCUGGCCCAAAAUACACGAUGUACGGUCCCUUUCCGCUGCGCAACCAGUGCCUCGCAGCGUGGAGGGCGCUUCCGCUGAAGGUCGAGGUUACCUUUGAUUGGGUCUCGACCAACAAAGAAGACAACGUGAUGGACUCAUUCACCGUUUCCGUGUACGUCGAGGAGGCGCUACUGCACAGCGAGAUGCGAGAGGUAUGCCAUCUAGCGUGGGGGUUGGCAACUGAGGAAAAGGAUACGAUGUCAGAGGAGGCGUCCAUGGUGUGGUUUGCCGCCGUUAACGGCAACGACACGGUGCGUAUCUCUUGCAAAGGGCUCUUCACGCUUCCCAUCGGUGCAGAUGCCUUUCCCGUUGCUGCAGAGGGCGACGGGAUGGACGUGACGGUGCAAGAGGUCCUUCAGCAACUUCGCGACCACAUCGAGACGAAGAAGCCUGGGAGCUUGGGCGAAUUCAAGAAACAAACAAAGUCGCAAGUUUUUCUCUCUCUGGGGGUUACCCUACACAACGUGAACGGCGACGGACGCGAGAAGGAGAUCACCGGAACGAUGGAGGUGGCGGCGCACAACAGCGGCGUCUGUGGUCUGACAAACGUCGGCAACACCUGCUACAUGAAUAGUGCGCUUCAAUGCCUGUCCAAUCUUUCAGCGUUCCGCACGAAGUUGCUGACCUUACCUAUCUCCCACUUUAUGCAGGCCACCAUCACACCGGCGUUUAUCAAGCUUCUGUCCGGUAUGUGGUGCGGCCAGCACUCCUUUGCCGAAACGCGCGAGCUGAAGGACCAAAUCGGGAUGCGUGUGAAACGGUUUGCAGGGUAUCAGCAGCAGGACGCCAGCGAGUUUAUCGAGGUUUUGCUCGACAACAUGGGCGAGGAAAUCAACCUCGUCUCAGCUCGCUGCUACCGCCAGCGCGAGGACAGCGAUAAUGCCAUCCCUACACAGGAGCUAUCCACCAUUUUCUGGGAGAACUUUCUGGAGAACAAUCAAACCUUUCUCUCUCCACUUUUUUUUCACCAGUCGAAGACGGUUUUCACGUGCCUCACGUGUGGUGAGUUGAGCGUUGUGUUCGACAACAAUGUGACGCUACCGGUGAGCAUCAGAGAGCCACAGCAGAAGCGCACGUACGGCGUAGAGGUAUUGGUAGAGCUGGAUCGCAGAGAGUGCGCAACAGACAAAGCAGUGGCAGAGCGGAGCGCUGCCUCGCCUUCUCGACCUGUCACGGACAACAACCGUGCUUUUGUACAAGCCACACUUCGCGUGCAGGCGCUGGUGGGGCCGGACAACACAGUGCGCAGCCACGACGUUGAGCAGGGCCUCGCCCACGCGCUCUCGGGUGUCGCGGUCGACAGCAAGGAGGUGUACAGCUUCUUCUUCCCCCCCGGUGCUGACAGCGGCGACAACAACCUCGAUGAUUCCGAGGAGAAGCCGUUAGAUUGGUGGGAGAAGAAGAGGGAAGUGAUCCGGUCGCGUUUGCGCGUCGAUGCGCGCUUGAUAGAGGUGCCGGAGCACGGACGUGUCCACGCGUGGGCGCGGCUCUCCCUCGCUGAGGCCGAAACGAAGGACGCAGUGGAUGCAGCCACGGAGGAGCAGGACGCAGCGCCGGCUUUGCGUGUCUGGUACUUCCUCAAGAACGUCAACGACCCAGCACCGACGACGUUCACGACGAAUCUGGUCUGGGUGGACGAGAUAGCUGCGCCAAAUAGAACGCCCCCAGCUGAGAAUCCGAGUAUGGAUGAUAGCGCACCCUUCUCGCGGCACAUCAUCGCUCGUAGCAAAGAAAUUGCUGCCUCCAUGUUGGAGCGGCAAACGGAGGACUUGGUAGACCAUGAAACAGCCUUCGUGGCUGCUGAUGCGCUGAGCGGCGGCGGCGGCUAUUUUAACUCUGUUGCGUCUGCCGAAGAGGAAGAACGAGGCGAAGUGGAACACGCGGAGGGCAAUGUCGCGGCUCAGCAGGACUCGCCGCCGCCGACGCAUUUGGACGUGAAGGUGAUGCGGCGUGUGUCGCGUGUGAUGCCGCUGGAAAACGUCGCACAGUUGAUGAGCGCUGCGGGUGAUAGCUGGCUGAACAUCGGCGGGAAGGGGAGCGCGGAGGACGAGGAGGAAGAAUCCAACGUCGUCACAACGCCGGCACAAGCAAGGAAAAGCGCGGACUGCCCCACCACUACAACGGUGGUCAUCUUCAUUCAGUACGAUGCAACGUCGUACGUCGCGCAUCCCGUCGAGAUGGCGGAGUCGCUGUGCCUGCGCGCGCACACGAGCUUCCAGACCGACGCCAAGUGCACGCUCCACGACUGCCUGAAUUACACGAUGGAGCCGGACGUGCUGCGCGGCGACGAUGCGUGGUUCUGCAGCCGAUGUAAGGAGUUCCGCGAAACGCGGGUGCACCGGACACUCUACCGCCUGCCUCCCUGCCUGAUCGUGUCCUUCAAGCGCUUUAAGAUGCACACGUACAGCGCCGAUAAGAAGGACACCACAGUGCAGUUUCCGACGGAGAUGGACUUUGCACCCUAUCUCGAUCCCGAAUCGGUUGCAUUGCAAACGGAGGGAACACGGUAUAGACUGCGAGGUGUUGUGUACCACUCCGGCUCGUUGAGCUUUGGGCACUAUACUGCUACCGCGUACAAUGACUACGUCAAAAAGUGGGUGUACUACAACGACACGCGCGCUACGCUGGAUAGCAGCGAAGCGCCGGUUCCCAACGGCGCAUACAUCCUCUGCUUUGAGCGUGUUCCUGAAGUGAAAGAAGCCCGGUGA